AUGCUUGUAGCCAUACGGGUUAAUGCAUUCAGAGAGUCGUAUGUUAACAUUCGAGUUAACACUACCAAUGGUUUAGAAAGGCAGCAUCGGGAAUUGAAAGAAAACUACUUGAAGAAUUCAACUUUAUCUAAAACUCUGAAUGGGAUGAUCGAAAUUUUAAUGGAAAAGUUUUUUUCUGAUUCUAUGAACAGGACUUCCAAGAAAAGUUUUUGGCCCUGUAAGCAUCUACUCUCAGUCAUUGCACAUUUUCCACAGUUCUCAUGGAAUGCACUUCCUACAAAGUUCACGUCAAAUCCAUACUUCAUGGUUGAUACUGAUUUCAUCAUCGAGAAUUCAGAAAAUGAUAGUCAAGAACAUAUACAUAAGUAG